GCCACACGCCCACUGGUUCCUCCCGCAAGCCUAGAGUUCCUCCUCCUCUCAAUAUGGCGCCGGGUGAGACUCCGCAAAAAAAGAAAAGAAAAGAAAAGGCGCUGAAGUAGCGUAGGUCGCAUGAACCCUCCGGCGCGCCGUAUUAGGCCGAGGUGCGCCCUCUAGAGGAACAGGUUGGGAAUAGCGGAACGGGAGUUCUAAAUGGGCGGGAUUUCCUCCCCGGGGGCGAAACUGAUUCGCUAGCGAAAAGGGCGCAGGGCGGAAGCAGAUCUUUGCGCAGGCGCAGUCCAGGGGUGGUCGGAGACGGAGCUGGGGGGAGGGGCGCGCCCGCCAGAGCAUCGGGGAGAAGGAGGAGGGUCGUGAGGCGAAGAGACUCGAGCGCCAUGGAGGAGCGGGGCGAGCCGCAGUCGCCGCCGGCGUGAGUAGGGGCGGUCGGGCCGGUCUUUCCCCUGGGCCGCAGGGCGGGCCUCCGUUAGCCGCCCCUCCCCCAGCACGCCCGCCGCCCGCACGGAAGGCCCGGUGCGGGGAGGAGAGGAGGGAGCCGCGCUCGGCGGAGCCCUCAUCCGAGGAUGCACUCGGGCUGGAGGGGGGCAAGCAAGGGCGGGCAGGAGGGUGGGGCCCAGGACCCCCUCCCGGGCCCCCCUCCCCGCUGCACCGGGGUUCCCAUGGCAACGAGGCUUGGCGGGAGGCCUUCGUUCUGCGCCCCUGCUGGCGCCUGGCCGAAAGGCACCAAGGGUCGCCUGAGGCUGAUGGCCAGGGGUCUCCCUCGUGGCUGAGCCGGGAACCCUUCACCUGGUUUCCACCUUUCUCAUUUGUUUUGGCUUGCCGGGGCAGAGGUGGAGGCUCGGGGUCGUGGUCGAAAUCUUAAAAUAUUAGGCGUGGGGAGGCGGGUGCGAGUAUCUGUGUCCUUCCUCAUCUGUUGUUCCAUCCCAGCACCUGUUCCUUCCUCUGACUGACUGCCCUGCAAAUUCUUCUGCUCCGUUAUGUUGUUGACCCAUGUGUUUCUUCGCAGUACGGUCGGAGAUAUAAAAGUACGGCUUCACAUGUUUAUUUGUUUACAUGUACAGGCAAGGUGCUUUGCAGUUUUUCCCAUGUGGUAAAUGCAAACAUAAUUUCUAACAUGUUUGGUGCCUUGUGACAUCUGAAAUGUCCCCCAAGUGGAAUAAUUGUGCUAAUAUAUGUGUUUUUGUAUAACUCGUUCAUACGAUAGAUCUCACUGUUACAGAAUAUGGCAUACUGAAACUGUUGUCUUCUCAGGGAUAGGAUGAGCCAGGGUGACUCAAACCCAGCAGCAAUUCCACAUGCAGCUGAAGAUGUUCAGGGAGAUGACAGGUGGAUGUCACAGGUAAAAAAACCAUGGUAUGCUGUAGCAGGAUUGAGUGGGUUUUUCUGUCUUGUACGACACCUGUAGGGAUAGCGAUCACUGCUGCCACUAUAGCUCUUUUGCGAAAGGCACAGUCUCUGUGAAGACUGUCUGGCUGACUUGCCUAUAGGGUAUACUAGUAGACCUAUUCUUAACAUAAUCCCAAAUUGCAAAUUACUUCAGUUUACACGUCAAAUUACUGAGAGUUGAAGACAGUGCACUGCUUUGCAUGACUGUUCUCUUUUGCAAUAUGCCUUAAGCAAGCUCCAUAUGCUCAAGACUGGGUAGACUUCCCACAGUUCAACGUAUUAUACAAUUAUUCUGCUUUUCAUACAUAGAUUGUAUCACAAAGUGGCUUACAUUAGUUAAAAGGAGAUGGCUCCUGCUCUCAGCCUUACAAACAAAAAAGACAAGACAAAGAAUAGAGGAGGAUCAGUUUGGCAAUGCAAGAAUGAAGUGACAAGUUGUAAAUGGGCAUUAGUAUCCAGUUUUGGCCAGGCUGAUCUCCCCUUGUUAGGACACUUGCUUGGAGAAAAAUUGGUUACAACUACCUGUUAGUUCUCAUUCCUUUUGCUAGUGGCAGAGGCCAUGUGUAUGUGUGUUCACUACUGUCCUCACCAUAGUAGUGGGCAUCUGCAAUAAGGAAAUGACAGCAGCAAAAUGGCAGAGUUGAGAGGCAGUCAGGAUUGUAAGUCAAAAGAUAAUUGACUCCGGGUGCAAGAAAGCUGCUUGGUUGUCAUAAUGCUCUUGCUUUAUUUUUAUACAGCAUAACCGUUUUGUGUUGGACUGCAAGGACAAGGAACCUGAUGUGCUGUUUGUGGGGGAUUCCAUGGUUCAGCUGCUACAGCAAUAUGAGGUACUGAGUGGUGAGGCUGCGGGGCUUGUUAUAUGAACACACUCGCUUUCCAUCAAUUACAUAAUGUAAAAACGGCUACCUACCUGAAUCUAGAAUAAUGUUGACAGUCCACCAACAAUGGACAGAGCCUUCUUUUGAAAACCAUGCAUAGGGCUCAGCCCAUGGAAGGGAAAGGGAGCCUUUGACCCUGUGCUUGACAUCACAUAUAUCUUUGGCCCAACUUCCUAGGCAUCCAUCUGUUGAGCAUGAUAUCUGUGAAGGGGUAGCAUGGUGGAUUUUUCCAUUGGGAGGGCAUUGACCUAGAAGAACUUUGAGGUUCCUUCCAUCCUUAUGACCCCGGGAGACCUUCGUGUGUACAGCUAUAUGCAAAGGUUUCUCUUCUGAAGAUGUCCACAUAGAUGUAUGGGUGGGCCUGCGACUGUGCACAACAUUAGGCAGGGCCAAGAGGCACAGUCUCGCACUCCAGCCACGUGCUUGAUGCUACACAUAGACAGCAACAUCGGAAAAGAGCUUUGAAGGUUCUUCAAUCCAGGUUCUGUGUAGAUACUACCCUUUUUAAAAAACAACAACCCAACAACAGAUACCUUUCCGGUGCGUUAGACUGUAUGGUCAAAUAUUCUGCUUUUGUUCAAGGGUGAUCUAAAAGAUUGAAUUGGUUUCUGGUUAUAGAUAUGGCGAGAACUCUUUUCACCUUUACACGCACUGAAUUUUGGGAUUGGAGGGGACACAACGGGGCAGGUUUUGUGGAGACUGAAGAAUGGUGAACUGGAGAAUAUUAAACCCAAGGUAAGCUGGGGAUAAUGACUGUGUGUAUGUGAAGGCUCCCUUUUCAAAUGAACAGUUUGCUGGCUGUUGGUCCCACCAAAACAGUUCUGCGCUGAUAAGCACAUAAUGAUUCCAUGCCAAUGUGUUUGUUGUAUAUAUUUGUAAUUUAUAACUAACAAGGAAGCAGAGGCCUAGGCUGUGAGUGAUAUUGUCAAAAAUACCAAAGUCUGAGGGAGGCAUCACCAGUAACCUGCUGAGGGAUUUAACAGCAGGCUGCUUUGGCAACUAUUUCCAGGCCAGAAGAUUCAGGAGCAGUUGGAACACCUGAGAAUUUCUAGGGGGGUAUCCUGUAACUAUUGUCUGUUAAUUCUAUUUUAAAUAUACAGUAUUUUAUGUCUGCAGAACUUUGGUCUAUAGGUGUGGUAUGAAUAUGGCAAAUAAAUAUUAAAUGCAUAAUACAAUAUUCUUUCAUUUGAGGUUGUGUGGGUUCUUUUUCUUCUCCCUUCUCUUCAUCCACAGGUCAUUGUUGUUUGGGUUGGAACAAAUAACCAUGAAAACACAGCAGAGGAAGUAGCUGGUGGAAUAGAGGCCAUUGUAAGGCUCAUCAAUACGCGGCAGCCUCAGGCCAAGAUAAUCGUGCUGGUAUGCAUUGCUGUGGUCAAGGAACAAGUAGCAACUUUGGGAAUGUGUGCACUUUCUGCAAGCUCCUCUUUGACCAGGAGGAAUGGUAGUAGCAGUAUGAGAAGAGAAGGGCAGUGCCACUCCUUCUUGCAGGGAUGCUUCUGGGAAUAGUAGGUCUCUGAAGCCUUCUCUUGGCCAAGGCAGAGGAAGGAAGGAGCACUAGGUGUAAUGCCUUGAGCCAUUAUUUAUUUAGGGAAAGGUUUCUUGUUGUUCUUCAGAGUGGAAGUUGCUGUCAUAACAGAUCAGCUAAAUCCCUUAUAAUAGCUGAGGAUGAUUCCCUGGAUGUGCAGAAUUUAAAAGGAAGUAGGUCUUUUGUGGAACGCUUUCCCUUGAGUGGGAAGACUUUUCCAAUUUUGAUGUGAGGCUUAAGAUUGUCAGUGUUCUCCCAAACGGAGUGGUGAGUUUUACUGUGUCAGUUUCUCUGAUCCUUUUAACAUCAAUUUUCAUUAUUUUUACUGUAAAGCUUAUUGUGGUUUUUAUCUGUUUUAUUUUACAAAUUGAAUAGCCAUCUGAAUACAGUACAAUCGCACAGGGGCUGUGUUCAGGGUUGGCACUUAUAGACAUACACACUUAUACUCAAACCACCCCCAGGCAAACAUCCUUACCCUUUCUGGAGCUGUGCGCUGAGUAGGCCUUGACCCCUCAAGCAAGGGGAAAUGGUCAAAAGCUCUUUCCUUGCCAGGAAAACCCUGUGCAAAAAUAACCUUUAAGCUCUCCACAUUCCAUUCAUUUAAUUUGUGUGAUUUCAACCGGCUGGCCUUCAGCCACAUAAAGUUGAAAUCACACGUGUUAAAACACACAUAAGCUGCAAUUGAACUGUUAAUUCAUUAUUUUAGAAAAUGGAGUAUUAGUUAAUCAUGUUUCUUUUCUGUUCACUUUAAAUUAUGAUAAGGGCGCUGAGAACUUUGUAUCAGUUGCACAGUUGGGGGGUAUUGGUUUGCUUUUGCCUUUGUUUUUAUUAUCUGUUUUGUGCUCUAAUUUUGUAUUUUUAUGUUGUGAACUGUCCUGUGAUCUUUGGAUGAAGGGCAGUAUACAAAAUUGAUAAAUAAUAAGGCAUUAGAACAGUCCAUGUAUAAAUCAUUUCUUUUAAAAUGGGAGAGGAAGGUACAAACCCUAGGUUUUACUUAGAACUGCCCUGUGAAUAGACCUAUUGAAAUUAAUGGCCAUUCAUUUCAGUGGGUCUACUUUGAGUAAAACUCAGUUGCAUGCAGGUGGAAAGUAUAAGUUGUCACGUGCUUCUUAAUGAUGAGGUAGGGACAAGGUUCCUAGUGGGUGAGAAGGAGACAGAUGGUUUAUGCAGCAUCAUUUGCCAGGGUCCAGAGAGAGGAUGAUGUGGAUGCCUAAACCAUGGGUAGAGUCAGUGCACAGGGAGAUGCCUGGGUGAGAUUUCGGGAGCAUGCUUCUUACAAUACUGAGCACCUUCUCACAUGCUUCUGUCCUGUUUCAUUCUUAAGGGCCUGCUCCCUCGUGGUGAGAAGCCAAACCUGCUGCGGCAGAAGAACAACAAGGUGAACCAGCUCCUGAAGACCUCACUGCCCAAACUCUCCAAUGUCCAGCUGCUGGACGUGGAUGCCGGCUUUGUGCACUCAGAUGGCACCAUCUCCUGCCACGACAUGUUUGAUUUUCUGCACCUAUCGGGUGCCGGCUACGCCAAGAUCUGCAAACCCCUCCAUGAACUGAUCAUGCAGCUGCUGGAGGAGACCCCCGAAGAGAAGCAGGCGACUUUGGCCUGAUCCCAGCCAUGUCCGUGGCACCCCAGCUCCAUCAGCGCAGUUCUUUUUAUCCUGGCACUACAGAAUCCUCCUUACUCAAAGUGCUUUCCAUUGUUGAAUGUUACUGGGUGUUGUGUUUAGCAUUGGAAAGGAAAGGGGACUGGGGCGGUGGCUGGGAUGGCAGCACAUGGGUCAGCUCAGUCAGUCAGAGCCACCUGCAGAGGGUGGUUUAAACUGACCGAAGAAGGAUGAUACUUUAAAGUCAUUUCUUGUUUACAGUGUGAACGUUCCUGUCACCUGUUCGUUGCUCAUGUUCUGCUGUCACUCUGCCAGUUUCCUCGCCUUAGUGUCCUGCCAGGCUUAUUAUUCCAAUAGCCCCUAAAUGUCUGAGCUCAUUAGCUGCACUCACAUUCCACUUCCUGAACUGAAAGUAGCCUGCUUCUUUAAAAGUUGGAAUUGUUUGGAGAGUUUUUAUACUAAACUGGGGUUGGGUUUUUUGUUUUAAGUGAUCUUAGCUGCUUUUCUGGCUUUGGCAACAACAGAAAGCAGGAUAAAGCUACAUCAGGCAACUUCAGACGUGUGAAAAAUUAAUUGUCAAGUGAGUGAACUCAUUUAACUCAGCCUGUUUUCAUUUCUUGCUUGAUGGAUGUCAUUCUGUUGCUGGGGAAGAGGGGACUGCCCAAUUUCUGCAUCCUGGUAGAACCAUUUGUUCUCUCUUCUCUCUCCCCUUCCCCCUUUUGUGUGCUUUGAUUCAACAUUCCCAUCUCUUAAAAGGCCCAGUGGCCUUGGAGCCUGACGUACCCACCAAUAUAAACUGACAUUUCUUCCCGCUGUUCCAUAUUGUGCUUCAGAAUGCUUUGCAGAGCUGCUUGUGUUCAUUUUUAAAAGAAAGAGCAAAAAGGAAGUGACUGUUACUUCUCCUACCCUCUUAACGUCAUAAUCCUUGCUCAUUUCCCUUCUCUCAAGGCCUGCAGCAGGCUGAAGCUUUACAAGGCCCAAGGUUGUGUUUCUUGGUUGGGUCUGUCUUGUACAAGCAUUUUAUUCAACCAGAUGAGGCCUCUGACAGCGAGGGACAUAAUUGAGCUAUAGCCGUUACCUCUCUUGAGUAGGAAAGGGUCUAGUGUGGAAAGCAUGUUUCUGGGGAUUCCUGUAUAGAGAUUACCAGGAAUAUAAAGCCUUAAUUCAUGUCUACAUGGAUGGGAGAGAUUUUCCCAUGAAGGGAAAACCUCUUUCAGAUUUCUGGUUUUAGGAAUCUGAAAAAAGCAAGUUUUUUUUAUAAAAAAACAAAUACGCUUCCAUCUAUGGUCUGCUUUUACCUGAGCUAGUUCAGAAACAUCAGCUAUUUAAACUUAGCCAGUUGUGCAGUUCUAACAUGUUCUUCUGCCCUCCCCCAAAGUCUUGUGCAUGAGACUUUAGUGGCUCUUUUUGUCGUGGAAAUGCUUUUUCAUAUCAGAAGGUUCUUGGGAGCAAGUUCACUUUCUGAACACGCUCACUUGAUGUCUUCCAAGUAGGCCUUUAUCCUAGCAUUUAUCCUCCCUCCCCUCACCCUAUUACCUUGCUCCUGUAGACUUCCUCCAGCACAGGUGGGAAAAUGCAAAAAGCACAGAGCCCCUACUCCACAAAAGAAUGGUGGGGGAACAGCGUGUGCUGGAAUCCUGAACUGGGGAUGGCCGUGGUUGAGCUGGCCAUACACUGCUGGGGCUUUGCUGCUUACCCUUUUGUGGAAAAGGUAGCACUGGCCUAACUCUUCCUGAAAUACCUCUCUGGUGUUCCUUCCAUGCUAGUGAAACAGCUGCUUGUGGUCCAAAUGCUCCUUUUGGAAGAUGCUCCUCCCCUUCACAGACCCUGGCCCUGAACUAGCUGCUUCUCUGGGGUCUGUCUCAAUUGCUUUUUGCCAUUUCCCCUGCCUGCUGCCCUGGAUCCGACCUAAAGGCAGGUCAGUAUCUUCCUGUCUGUCCUGUCACAAAGAGAAGCUUCUCAUUAACAAGACUGGAGAAUGUUGUAGGUCCCGCCCCACCCCUUAUUUGAACCCUGUUUCAUCUGCAAGUGCUGACAUGUAUCCUGCUUCUCCGUAUUCCCAAACAAGAUCCUAAUAUUGGGAUGUGCUUGGCUGCCCAGUGCUCCUGGUAACCCAGGAAUACAUCUUGUGCAUCAUAUACUGCCCUGCCUUGAGCUUUUACAUGGCUUUUCCCUCUAAUCUCAUUGCUGUUUACAGUUGUAUGCUGCCGCCCAGAAUCUCGUCUGUGCAGUGGUAUAUGAACAUUGCUAGUUUUAUAUUUAUUGCAGCAAAGAAAAAGUGUGAAAGAAGGUUAAGGAAUGUUGUCUUUCUCUCGUCGUGUGUGUGUGUGUGUGUGUGUGUGGCUGUAACAAAGGGACCCUGUGCCCAUAGGAGAGAAUUGUGGUUCUGGCAGCAUGCUGGCUCAAGAGUGUGGAAACUCCUUGGAGCCUGACCUUUUGCUGCUGGGAGUUUGGGAGGGUGCUUUCUCCCCUCUUUUUUUUUUUUUUUUUUUACUGGUAGCCAACUGAACUUUCCACCCACACCACCAAAAAAAGUGAUGAUAAUUGCUUUGGCAAAAUGGCAUUGAUGACUGGUAGAGCUCACUGUUUAGUGCAUAUUUCAAUAUAAAUGUAUAUGUUUCACCAAUU